AGGGCCGGCCCAACGGCCGCCUAGGCCCGGCCCGAAGACGAGGAAUAGCUGGGUGCUUUUGUCGCCGGAGCAUCUGCAGGAGGAAUGUCAGUUUUUGUUCGAUUUUGCGUGAAAGAUCUGGUUUUUGUUCCUUUUCGGUCGAGUCCAGAUCGAAUGGGACGAUGAUGCCCAGUCGAUGGAUUUUGUGGUUUUGAAUGAUAGAUAGGAUGGGAGUAAUGAAAGCGUGUUAGGGAUUUCAGGUCCGGCGAGGAAGGGAGGAGGGGCGAGGGCGAUGGAUGCGGGAGAUUUGAGAAGAGUGAUGAGGAGCAUGGGCGUAGAUCUGUGGACGCUGAUCGAGACCGCGCUCGACGUCGCCGCCGCGGACUAUGGCAAGGAGCUCCGGGCGCGGCGAGACGGGAUCGUGGAGCGGCUCUACGCGGCGGGGCCAGGGGCGGCGGAUGGGUGCCGGAACUGCGCUCCCGGCGCCGCGGCGGAGCGGGCGGCGGCCGUCGGCCUGUCGACAGGGGGAAUGGAGGGGAAGGGGAGUAGUAGCCCCGCGGCCGGGAAGGGGGCGGCGACGGCGUCGCCUCUGUCGAUGAACGGAGAUGAGAAAGGAGAAGAGCGAGAAGAAGAAGACGAUGACCAUCCGAUCGACGACAAGACCAAAAUCUUGGCCAUUAAAGAGUUCCUGGAAGACCCCGAUCAGAAGGAGGAUUCUUUGGUAAGCCUGCUGCAAAAUCUUGCAGACAUGGAGAUUACAUUCAAGAAUCUCAAGGUAAAGAAACAAAUAUAG